GGACAUCUCUAGAGCCUGGCUUGCCUGCGUCUUCACGACCCCCCGCGCUGCCUUAGGGAUACCGCGUACGCACCUUCGAGACUUGGUUCCUGGCAGUCUUCACGCCGUCAGUUCAGGCGACGCCGGCAUCUAGGCGAUCGUGCUCACGCCGUCAAUUCGAGCGAUCCUUAGGCAUCCAUCACACAAUCCCGCGGCAAUCCCUAGAAAACCUUGAGAAAGUCUCUUAGGCGAUUUCACGGCGGCUUUUCCGGUUCUCCGCCAAGCAGCACGAGUCGAGCAUUCGUGAGAGUUCUCCUAAUCAGCACGAGUCGAGCUAGCCGGCAAAGCCUGCCUACCGCUAGCCCGCCAUGCCGCAGCGGCACUCGCGCAACAGCAACGACCGCGCGCACUUCACGUACGAGGAGCGGCGGAAGCUUGGAUUCGGCACGCAGAAGGAGCGCCUGGGGAAGGACUCCAUCAAGCCCUUCGACUCCUGCUCGCUCUGCAUUCAAGAGGCCGUCGACCCGCUCAGUUGCCGCAGCGGACACAUCUUCUGCAAAGAGUGCAUCUACAGCUGCCUUCUCGCUCAAAAAAAGGACAUCAAGCGCAAGCGGGCGGCGUGGGAGGCGCAGCAGCGGCAGGAGCAGGAGGAAGAGGGCGAGCGAGCGGCAGCGGAGCGAGCGAGAGAGCUGGAUACCUUCGACCGGCAGAACCACGCAGCUCUGGCCCCCUCUGCUGGUGGCGGUGGUGGUGGUGGUAGUGCUGUUAGUGCUGCUGCUGCUGGUAGUGCUGAUGCCCCAUCUGCCCUUAAACGCCUCCGUGCGACGCCCCCCGGUGCUGCUGCUACUCCCGGCGCCAUUGUCGCUGCUGGUGCUGCAGCUACUCCUGCUGCUGCUGGCGGGGAAGCGCCUUCGCUUGCUGGGCCAGGAUCAGCCUCGGGCGGUGCGAGCGGCCGCAUGAAUUUCCAAGGAGCGAAUUCUGUGAAAACAACAGCUUUUGAAGAGGAAGCAGUGAGAACCAUGCGGGCCUACUGGCUGCCUUCGGCCACUCCUGGCGCUCCGAAAAAAGUAGACCCCCCUCCCACAGACACCACCUGCCCGGAAGGCUGUGGGAAGCUUCGUCUGAAGGACCUUUUCCCGAUAGUUUUUACCAAGCUGCCGCCGCCGGACCAGCCGCUUGGGUUCGACGGAGGCUCGGGAGGAGGUUCGGGGGGUGGUUCGGCGAAGCAGGUUACCACAUCGGCUGCGGUGAGCAACGGUGCGGCGCGGUACAUGUGCCCCGCGUGCUCAACCACUCUCACGAACGCAUCGAAGCUCUCGGCUAUAGCAGCAUGCGGGCACGUGCUUUGCCGACGGUGCAUCGAGAAAUUUGUUUCGGCGGACUGGGCGUGCACUGUGUGCGGCGCUGCCGUGGACGGUGAUGGUGCUGCUGGUGCUGCUGGGGGUGCGGGUACGAAAGGAGAGAGAAGGGGGUUGGUGCAGCUGGCGUGUGGGGGCACGGGGUAUGCAGGCCACGGGGAUGGGCUGGUGGCCAAGGCCUUCAAGCCUUUGGGGAGUGGCCCGGCUGCCGGCCCCCCCAUCAAGCCAACGCGCCUGCUGUGACUGGAGGAAUGGUGAAAGGAGAAGGGAGGGGAAUGGGAGAGGAGGAGAAGGGAGGGGAAUGGGAGAGGAGGAGAUGGAGGGGAGAUGGAAGGAGAGGAGAGGGGAGAGAGAAGGAGAAGGGAGGGGGGAGGAGGGGGCAGCUGGCGUGUGGGGGCACAGGGUGUGCAGGGCACGGGGAUGGGCUGGUUGCCAACGCGUUCAAGCCCCUUGGGAGUGGUCUUGCUGACGCCCCCCCAUCAAGUCAACGUGCCUGCUGUGAUUGGUCAACGCCAGUGGUCCUCCUCUAAUUGGCCGGCAGACUCUGAUUGGUUGGCUGGCAGUUGAUUGGAAGGCUUGCUUUUGAGAGAGUCAGGAGGUUGGUCCUCCCAGAAAAUACCGGUACAGGUGGUUGGUGCGUUUACUUAGUGAUUGUUUAAAACUCUCUUGCUCUACGUAUGCUUGCGUUGCGUACCAUACUUCAAAAACCUCUAGGAGCGCUGUGGCCGUUAGUGACUAAGUCCACACCAUUCUGUGGGGUGUGUUGAGUUGUGCUCUGAACUGAACCCGACAUGGGGGAACCGCGGUGCUUCUGUGCAAUGUGCACUGUGCACUGUUGUGCAAUGGUGGGAUGGUGGGAUGGGAUGGUGGGAAGGUGGGAUGGUGGGAUGGUGGUGCUCAUUAGAUUCCCCCAUGUGAGUCCAGGGGGACACUCUUCCCUGUGCCAUGUCUUGUGCUGUGCUGUUGUGCACAGGGAAGGAGUGCCUAGUGUCUUGGUCAACCAC